AUGGGCUUGAACAACACAAACCGUAUUGAAAACGAGGUUGCAGCAAUGCAUCUCGCGCGCGGUGCUAUCGCACAGCUAGGUUCUAGAUAUGCCUCCCUCGUGCCGGCCGUCUAUGCUUGGAAAGCGGCCGCUGGACCUCAUCCAGUCGAUGAGACGGGAUUCGGAUGGAUCGUCAUGGAGUACUUGACGGGGUCUCCCUUGCACGAGCAGUUUAAGAGUUUCGACAUGGCGGAGAAGAAGUUGAUAAUUCCUGAAAUUGCCUCCAUCUUCUCGUCUAUCCAGAGGGUGGAGUUGCCGCCUGGAGUCGAUUGUUUUGGUGGUUUUACCAUAAAUAAAGAAGGAAACAUUAUCUCUGGCCAGGAGACGAUUCAGGGAGCGCCAGGUGGUCCAUGGCGCGAGUACGAUGAAGUCUGGAGGCACCAGAUGCUCUGUCAGCUAAAAGAAGCCGAUGCCAACGAGUUGAUUCAGGGAUGGCGAGUCCACGGGAUCCGUGAGCGCAUCGAGCAAUUUCUCAAUGUGACGCUACGCCGUGUACUUCAAGAUGCGGGCGUUGAUAUGUCCAAGCUUGGCUUUGUGCACUUUGACUUUACUAUGAGCAACAUGCUCUACGACGCCGAAGAGAAGCGCAUCAGUGGCAUCGUCGACUUUGACUUUGCCGGCGUCAACAAUCCAGCCCACGAGUUCUUCUUCACCUCGCUCCAUGACGUUCACGGCACUACACGCGAGCAAAAGUCCGACAAGCUCCGACGGGCCAUAUUAACGGGCAACUUUGGCGCGAGCACAGAAGCAGGGGAAGAAGAGCACGCCGACGCGUGGGAGCUCGCAAAGCUAUGGGACGAGGUUAUGGGGGAGCGUGGCGGGCUUCGACCAAGGGAUAUCCGCGGAAUGACGACGCUGGCGAAGCUUAACACUUUGACCGACAUGCUUUUCCCGUGGCAACUGGGCAGUGUGGACAUGUUGAGGCGGCAAACGAGGGAGGAGAAUGCCAAGAUGAGAGCGAGGGCCGAGAAGGCUAUUGAUGACAUGCUGUCGGGAUGGGGUGUCUAG